AUGAAUAACAAAGGCAACAUUAUUAUUGUAGAUGGUGAUAAUGAAUCGUUGUCAACUACAUUAAAUGAUCAGGAUAUCAAUAAUGAUCCUAAACAUUGGUCAAUAUUUAGAAAACGUAUUAUACUUUUAGUGAUUUCUUUUACUGCAAUGACUUCUCCAAUAUCUAGUUCUAUUUUGUAUCCUGUAUUAAUAAAAUUACAUACAGAAUUUAAUGUGUCUGAUAUUCAGGUUAACGCAUUAGGCCGGGGCUUACAAUCAUUUGGCGCUUCUGCUAUGUUAUCAAUAGGAGCUGGUGUUAUUGGUGAUCUUUAUACUACUUAUGAACGUGGAACUGCAUAUGGAUUUUUUUAUAUGGCUUACUGGACUGGUCCAUUACUUGGCCCAAUGAUAGGAGGCUACUUUACUGAAUAUACUAGUUGGAGAUGGAUUUUUUGGUUUCUAACAAUUUUGGGUGGAAUAAAUUUAUUACUUGUGAUGAUCUUUGUUCCUGAAACAUCCACUUCUCCUAACGAUCAUAACAAGAAUAUUAAAUCAAAACAUCGAUUUAAUCCACUUGCACCGCUUAAAUUGUUAUGUUAUCCAAGCGGAACUUUGAUGAUCAUUUAUAUUUGCAUUGUGACGUCAAUAACUCAACUUCAAUUUAUUAGUGUACCUGUCAACUUUGCUAUCAGAUAUCAUCUAGCCUCAUCACAAAUCGGUCUAUUGUUCUUUGUACCUGGUUUUGGAUUUAUGAUUGGCAGUUUUAUUGGUGGUAGAUAUUCAGAUCUUGUGAUGAGACAAGCAAAAGAUAAAAGAGGGACUACUCAUCCAGAAACGAGAAUUCAUAGUGCUUGGAUUUGUGCUGUGUUAAUACUGACCUCUUAUUUAAUUUAUGGUUGGUUGGUCGAAAAAGAAUUUUAUAUGGCUGGUACUCAAGUAAUUUAUAAUUCAAUGUCAACCUAUUUGGUUGACGUUUUCUCAAGUCAAAGUGCAUCAAUCAUAGCAUUGAGCAAUUGUAUAUGCUUGUUGGCAGCUGGCACUUUAUCAAUUUUGGCAUCCACAAUAGAGACACGUUUGGGAACUGG